AUGGCCCCCACUGAAUCUCAAAACGAUACCAUACAUAACGCAGCGGUGGGGAUUAGCGCAGAAUCCUUACGGAUAUUGCAUUCGCCACCCGAUCGCAAGCCCAAAAUGAUUAAUGAGUGCUUCGAGGAGCUUUCUUCAGUUGUAGGCAUUCGGUUGAAACAUGGCGACGGUAGGUUUAACGCAGUUGACCAAGCCAACUUGUGGGCAUCGUGGCAAGAAAUGGUUCAUGGAAGUACCUUCAAGCCUGAGGAUAUCCCCCUUCUCCGCACUAUAUAUCUCCGAUGGUUGGGCAAGUCCAGUAUAUCCCUGUCACAAGAUGCUGAACAAGCCCUUCAGAGGGUCAACAAAGAUCUACGUGGUGGCAAGCAACAGAGCUUUGAAGCUUGA